AUGGCUUCUCCUCAGCAGAUCCGCACUCCCAUCACCGACAUGUUCGGCAUCAAGCACCCCGUCAUCCUCGCAGGCAUGAAUGUGGCGGCCGGUCCCCGUCUGGCCGCUGCCGUCUCUAACGCCGGUGGCCUCGGCGUCAUCGGCGGUGUCGGAUACACGCCCGAGAUGCUCAGAGAGCAGGUCAGCGAGCUCAAGGAGCAUCUCGCUGAUCCCAACCUUCCCUUUGGCGUUGAUCUUCUCAUCCCUCAAGUUGGAGGUAGCGCCCGCAAGACCAACUACGAUUACACAAAGGGUAAGCUGAACGAGCUGGUCGACGCCAUCAUCGAGUCCGGAGCCAAGCUGUUCGUGUCGGCCGUGGGCGUGCCACCCAAGGACGUGGUCGACAAGCUCCACCGCCACGGCAUCUUCUACAUGAACAUGGUGGGUCACGUCAAGCACGUGCGCAAGUGUGUCGACCUGGGCGUGGACAUCAUCUGCGCGCAGGGCGGCGAGGGCGGCGGCCACACGGGCGACAUACCCACGACGGUCCUGAUACCCGCCUGCGUCGCCGAGUGCGCCAAGGCCAAGUCCCCCCUCACCGGCGGGCCCGUCCAGGUCAUCGCCGCCGGAGGCAUCCACAACGGCCAGCUCCUGGCCGCCUCGCUCAUGAUGGGCGCCGGGGCCGUCUGGGUCGGCACCCGGUUCAUCCUGACGGACGAGGCCGGCGCCCCUCAGGCCCACAAGGACGCCGUCCGCACCGCCGGCCACGACGACAACGUCCGCACGAUCAUCUUCACCGGCAGGCCCAUGCGCGUCCGCAACAACGAGUACAUCAACGACUGGGAGACGAACCGCGUGCAGGAGAUGAAGGACCUAGCCGCCAAAGGUGUCAUCCCCUACGAGGCCGACCUCGACAAGCUCAUGGCCGGCGAAGAGGAUGGCAACGGGGACGAUCAGAGCAAGAGCGGAGCCGGUGGCAAGAAGCCCAACCUCAUCACCACCGCCGCCGCCGACGAUGACGACGACGAGGACCCCUUUGAGAAGUACCGUCCCUUCCUCAUGGGUAAGGCCGCCGCCGUCGUCAACGAGCAGAAGCCCGCCAAGGUCGUCGUCGAUGAGUUCGUCAAUGAUGCCGUUGCUGCUAUAAAGAAGGGUAACAAGAUGGUUGCCAAGCUGUAG